ACGGUGUACUGGUUGGGGCCGCGAGCGACAUACAGAGGUGUGGAUGGAGGUGUUGGUUGGUGCGUGACUAAUUGAUGGAUGCAGAUGAAAUAGCUGGUUACUCAACUGAUGAUGAUGGUAUGGAAACUGAUCCCCUGAACACUACUGACACCAUGUCAUACGACUCCCUGGGGUCUCCAUCUGCCCAGCAGUCGCCAGAGACUGGCGGCGGCGGUCAGCGGCGCCGCUCCGACGACGACCUCAUGGAGAUCACCACCGGCGGUACGGUGCUGGAGCACUCGCUACCGGAGAGCGACCGGCCGCCACCCCACGGACAUGUAUCCUUCGCUGGCCUUGGAGGCGUCACGAGCGGCGGCGGCGGCCAUCAUGGUCUGGAGCAGCUCGAGCCAGAGGGUGAGCCGUUCGGCCAGUACGACGACUUCCAUACCAUUGACUGGCAGCGGGACCUGGCCCGCGACCGCAUGCGCCACAGGUACAUCGUCAAGAAGCGGCAGACGGGUUUCUUCGACCUGAUCCGGCAGUUCCACGACGCCUGGAGCGGAUGGCUGUGCGUGCUGUUCGUCGGCAUCGUGGCCGGAGGCGUGGCCGGUGUCAUCGACAUCGGCGCCAGGUGGAUGGAGGAUAUGCGGUUCGGUGUAUGUCCGGAAGCGUUCUGGCUGAACAAGGACCAGUGCUGCUGGUCAUCCAACGAGACGUUCUUCGAAGGCGACAAUUGUUCACAGUGGUACUCGUGGCCAGAGGUGCUGGGCGCCCAGCACGACAGCGCCGGCGGCUACGUGCUGGCCUACCUCUGCUACGUGCUGUGGGCGCUGGUGCUGGGCCUGCUGGCCGUGCGGCUGGUGCGCACCUUCGCGCCGUACGCCUGCGGUUCAGGCAUACCGGAGAUCAAGACAAUUCUGAGCGGCUUCAUCAUCCGCGGCUACCUGGGCAAGUGGACGCUGCUGAUCAAGUCGGUGUGUAUGAUGCUGGCCGUCUCGGCCGGCCUGAGCCUCGGCAAGGAGGGCCCGCUAGUGCACGUCGCUUGCUGCAUCGGCAACAUCAUCGCCUACAUGUUCCCCAAGUACGGUCGCAACGAGGCCAAGAAGCGCGAGAUCCUGUCAGCGUCGGCGGCCGCCGGCGUCUCGGUGGCCUUCGGCGCGCCAAUCGGCGGCGUGCUCUUCAGUCUGGAGGAGGCCAGCUACUACUUCCCGCUGAAGACGCUGUGGCGAUCCUUCUUCUGCGCCCUGAUCUCAGCGUUCAUACUGAACUCAAUCAACCCGUUCGGCAACGAACACUCGGUGCUGUUCUACGUGCAUCAUGAGCGACCGUGGAUCUUCUUCGAGCUGCUGCCGUUCAUAUUCCUGGGCAUACUGGGGGGUGUGAUCGGCGCCGCCUUCAUCCGCUGCAACAUCUUCUGGUGUCGCUUCCGCAAGACGUCGCUGCUGGGCCAGUACCCGGCCACGGAGGUGGUGGUGGUCACGAUCGCCACCGCCAUCCUCGCCUUUCCCAACCCCUAUUCACGCAUGCCCAGCUCCGAGCUCAUCAACCUGCUCUUCAACGACUGCGGCCCGUCGGAAGGCAUCGAUCUCUGCGACUACAAGCACAACUUCACCAACCUGAACCACGCCAUCGAGACGCGCGAGGCUGCGGCCGGCGUGUACUCGGCGCUCUGGCAGCUUGCGGUGGUGUUCGUGCUCAAGUUCCUCGUCACCAUCUUCACGUUCGGCAUGAAGAUCCCGGCCGGCCUGUUCAUCCCGAGCAUGGCGCUGGGCGCCACCAUGGGCCGCAUCGUGGGCGUCGGCAUGGAGCAGCUGGCCGUCUCGUACCCGCACUGGUGGGUGUUCAGCAGCGAGUGCACCACCGGCGAGAACUGCAUCACGUCUGGCCUGUACGCCACCGUGGGCGCGGCGGCCGUGCUCGGCGGCGUCACGCGCAUGACCGUCUCCCUGGUGGUCAUCAUGGUGGAGCUGACGGGCGGCGUGAGCUACAUCGUCCCCGUCAUGGCCGCCGUCAUGGCCGCCAAGUGGGUAGGCGACGCCCUAGGUCGCGAGGGCAUCUACGAUGCCCAUAUUUACCUCAACGGCUAUCCGUUCUUGGACAGCAAGGAGGAGUUUGACCACACCUCGCUGGCGGCCGACGUGAUGGAGCCGCGCAACAGCGCCCCAUUCAGCGUCAUCACCCAGGACUCCAUGACUGUGGCCGAGGUGGAGCAGAUGCUCAAGGAGACGGGGCACAACGGGUUCCCGGUCGUGGUCUCGAAGGAGUCGCAGUACCUGGUCGGCUUCGUGCUCCGGCGCGACCUCAACCUGGCGCUCGCGGGUGCACGCCGCGACGGCAUCAGCGGCCAGUCGGUGUGCCUGUUCAGCAGCGUGCCGGCCGGGCCAUGGCCGGGCCCGCCGCCGCUCAAGCUGCGCCGCAUCCUCGACCUGGCGCCCAUCACCAUCACCGACCAGACGCCGCUGGAGACCGUCAUCGACAUGUUCCGCAAGCUGGGCCUGCGCCAGACGCUGGUCACGCACAACGGACGUCUGCUGGGCAUUAUCACGAAGAAGGACGUGCUGCGGCAUCUCAAGCACCUAGAGUCUGAGGACCCGGACCCGGUGCUGUUCCACUGAGCGGGGCCCAGCUGCCGCCCGGCCGGCCGCCUAGCCCUGUCCCCUCCGUGACGUGGGGGAUCCCGCCGACGCCGGCCGCCCUAAGCUACUUUCCAUACACCUCGUACCAUGUUUGUUUUAUAGUUUUAGCUGGAUCGUAACGGUGACCGUCGCUGCACUCGGCGCGUGUGUGGCGUGAGGGGCGGCGUCGCGGCCGGUGAUUACCUUUAGUCUGUGUUUAGCUAGCCGCCGCAUGCUUGUGAGCGCCGGCGCCUGGUCAGCUUCGAGCGGUGUCGGCCGGCGGCGGGUUUUGCCCAUGCGCCGGCGCGCUCCCGGCCUGGUGCCCGCCGUCCGGCGCCGCCCGGCCGCGGCCCUACCGCACGGAGCGCAACCGGCCGACGUCUGACCGAAGCGCACGAGGCAGCGCAACGGAGCCGAUCUGAUGGACGGCUGCGUGCCGCGCCAGCGUCCGAUGUCCACUGGCCGGACUGGGCUGGCGCGUCCCACCCGAGCGUGUUGGUGUACUCGAGUAUUUAUGCGUAUUAUAUGGCGGAACCCGUUGUCGGGCGGUCUAGUAUGUGAGUCAGGGAGUGACGCUACCACGUGCGACACGCCGAGGGUGGCGAAAUAUACGCUCAGUGUCCU